AUGACAGCCUCAAUAUCAAAUGGUAUUGGAGGAACGACGAUUCUCUCAUAUUCUUCUCAUUUCCCUGACUCAACCCCGGUAGCUGUCUCGUCUGGAAUGGGCGCCGCCGGGAUUGUUGGUUCUUUUUUAUACGCUUCACUCACAGAGCCACAUCUGGCUAAUCUCUCUCCAGGAACAGCAAUUCUCUUGAUGUUGGUUUUUCCCUUCACUCUAGCUACGUUUUAUUGGCUGGUUCUGGAUCAUCCAUCAAAUUUAAUGAAAAAGUGCUUGAAAGAUCCAACUGAGGAUUGUCAAGAGUACACAGCAAGACAAGCAAUAAAAUCCACAAGUCUCAUCGAGAAAAUUGGCGCCAUAAAGCCCUCUCUUCGAUUCCUUCUCCCAAUGAUCGUUGUUUACAUGGCCGAAUAUACAACUAAUCAGGGAUUUAUUCAAUUCAUUGUGUUUGACUGUGCAAACGGGUUCGGGCUGGCCAAAAUUAGUCAAUAUCGAUGGUUUCAGUUCAUCUAUCGAGUGGGGACUUUCGUCACAAAAACUUCCCUUCUUUUCAUCGAUUUUUCAACAAAUUGGCUCUAUUUGUUCCCGCUUCUACAGCUUUCAAAUGGAGUUCUCUUCUAUUUCGAAGCACUUUUUGCUUUUCUUCCGCACAUUUCUCUCCCAUUUCUGAUGGUUUUUAUCUCGGGAUUAGUUGGCGGAGCUUGUCUAUCAAAAACCUACAAUCAUAUUCAUAAAACGACUCCCGCCGAUUUCAAGCCAUUUCUUCUCGGUGUCGCCAGUACAAGCGAUACUUUUGGGAUUUUCUUAGCGGCUUUCUUAUCGAUCUGGGUUUGGUGU